UCUAUAUAAAAGCUGCCAUCUUGUGGGGAAGAUACAAACAUACAUCCUGAAAUCCUAUUACGAAGUCUGUUUCAGUGCCAUGCAGACUAUCAAAGCCUUAACAUGCAGGCUAUAGUAUAGCCCAGCGCUGCACCAACAUCAAGUACCAUUUCUCCCAGCCCAUCCGGCUCCGCAACAUCCCUCUGAACUUAACCCGUACCAUCCAGCAGGAUGAGUGGCACCUCUUACGUAACAACCCAUUCUCAUUAUGACACUGAUUCCCUUAAUGAGCCUUUCCACUUCCACCACCUUCCCUUUUAAAGCGAGACAGAUGCUCAUUUACUGUUUUUCCGUUAAGUUGAAACUAGAACAUACAGUGUUUAGAGAGGGGAACGGUGUAUUUUGCAUGAUGGCUCAACCUCUCCUCUCGUUCGUGGCGUCAGACCUGCGACGGAUCACAGCAGGGUUUCUGGGCAUGGCGGCCGCUGUCCUGUUGUGUGGCUGCAUCCUGGCAUCUGUCAGCUUCACCUGGGAGAGGAGUCUUACUCAGCAUGUCUCUGGACUGCUCUUCCUCAUGGCAGGGAUCUUCUGCACCAUCUCCCUGUGUACCUACGCAGCCAACGUGUCCUACGACCUGGCCAGGGUCCCUCCCUUCAUCUACGGGCUGCCUGCUGACGUGGAGCACGGCUACAGCUGGUCCAGCUUCUGUGCCUGGCUCAGCCUGGGGCUGACCGUCGCGUCUGGGUGUCUGUGCACCACCUUCCCAGUCCUCAGCUGUCACAGCGCCAAGGUCCGGCAGGGCAAGGCCUCCCCCGGUGGUGGCGUGUGACGCAGUG